UGGGUGCCCGGCAAUCCAGAUUCGAGAAAGCCGGAGAACGCAGACGCAAGUAGCGACCGCCAUGCGAUGCACCAAGUUCGACAUAAAAGGUGUUGUCUGCUGCCCUCCUGCAGUCUUAAUUUAGUAUGCUGACUACACGACUGCACGCGUCUCGAGUGGUCUUCUGCGUUCUUCGUGAUCUUUCAAGCCUCCUUACGAGCCUGACAGCAGACAACAAUUAGAAUGGAACCGGUACAGACAUCAAGUCUCGGUGAUGAAGCUGCACUGUUGGGGGAGACCAGCUGUCCUCUGAAAGCCACCGAGGACAUUUGGUUUGGGUGCUGUUCCUGCCCCUACUUCACCAGAGACCAGCGGGGAAUUGUGAGCCACCUGGUUGCCCACGGCAAUGAACCAGUCAAGUGCCACCAUUCUUCCACGCCUUCUGACUCUGGCUUCAAAAUGCACCCCUACACUGAAAUGCACAGGGGAGAAAAGUUCUUUAAGUGCAGUUUGUGUCCUGAAGUUUUUGCUCGGAAUUCCUGUCUGACUGAGCAUAAUCAAACACACGCAGGUGAUAAACCUUAUAAAUGUAUGCUGUGCCCCCAAACCUUUGCUCGCCAUGACUCUUUGAUAACCCAUACUAGAAAACACAGUGGUGAUAAACCUUAUAAAUGUAUGCUGUGCCCCAAAACUUUUGCUCAGAGUUCUUCUUUGAGACAACAUAAUCAAACACAUAAUGGUGAUAGACUUUAUAAGUGCAAGCUGUGCCCCAAAACUUUUGCUCAGAGUUCUUCUUUGAGACAACAUAAUCAAACACAUAAUGGUGAUAAACCUUAUAAGUGCAAGCUGUGCCUCCGAGCCUUUUCUCAAAAUUCCCAUCUAAAGUCUCAUUAUCGAACACACAAUGGUGAUAAACCUUACAAGUGCAAGCUGUGUCCUCAAGUCUUUGCUCGGAAUUCCACUCUGACCGAGCAUAAUCGAACACACACCGGUGAAAAGCCUUUUAAGUGUAAGCUGUGCCCUAUGGCUUUUGCUUACCAAAGCAGUCUGACCCAACACACUCGAACACACACAGGUGAAAUGCCAUUCAAGUGCAAUCUUUGCCCUCAAACCUUUGCUUGGAGUUCCUCUUUGAAGACCCAUAAUCGAACACACACUGGUGAGAGGCCUUACAAGUGUGAGCUGUGCCCCAGAGCCUUUGCUCAGCAUUAUGUCCUGAUCCAACACAAUCGAACGCACACGGGUGAAAAGCCCUUCAAGUGCAAGCUUUGCUCCCGAGCCUUUUCUCGGAAUACUCAUUUGAGAAGGCAUAGUCAAACACACUGUAGUGAUAAACAGUGUUGAAAAACCUGAUAAAGGCAACCAGUGUCGAAAACGAACAGGUGAAAAAACCUGCUCUUGUUUCAGAUUUCUUUGCACUUGCUCAAAGUGUGGUCCUUUGAGGUGUAAUCUAAUAUAUUUUUAAAGAUGGUUUCAUUCUUUUGUUGUUGUUAUUUCCUAUAUAUGUAGAAUGCAAAACUUGCAUUGAAUGCCUAUGUGACUAAACUUUAAUUUCCCUGUUUUUCAAUCAAAAGAUAAAAAAGGAUUGCAGUUUCAACAUCCAGUUAUUUCUUUUAGAUGCAGGUUUGGUACGGAAAUAUUUGUUGAGUAAUGUUUUAGAAGGUUCCAUUUUUGACAUCCUGUACCAUAUGGCAUCUCAUCUUAGCAGUUACUUUUGGGGGAGACCCGUUGCCAAGUGUGUGUAUGCAAGCGCCUUGUGCCCCAGAUUCUGGGACUGCUAGUUGAAUCCCUCGCCCAGCAGGUUUUGCUGUAAAUCAACAUUGUACUUUUCUUAAUACAUAGUGUGAAAUUCGUUUUGUGUGUAGUGUGAAAUAGUUUGAAAUGCUAAGGGGGCAGUCGCCCCUUACAAAACAUCU